GCUCGCGUGAAGGGAGCCAGGAACCAGUUUAUGAUAUAAAACUAGCUCCACAGUAGUUACGCGCCGCAACCAGACGCUUUCAGCCUCCUAGUGUAAGUAGGCAGUAACUCAGUCCAGAGAUCUUGAGGAACCAACGGUCAGGCGCAGUGGUGCUGCGAGGAACUGCGUGGGAGAGAGCAGACGUCACCCGGUUUGCAGAGGACUCGUUUCCUAUCGAAUGAAUUGUGUUGAUGAAGACAUCUCCUGUGAAUACAAAUUGAACAUCAUAACAUCCAUAAAUAAUAAUGGAAGUACAAGGCCAGAAACAGAAUCUUGGCUCUGUUGCUGAUACAUGUGGAAUCACAAACUGUGAGACAGAAUUGAAGGAAACAGAUGAUCCCUGGAAACAUUCUGUUACUGACAAGCUGGAAACAGGUGGUGUCAAGAAACACAGUGGAAUCAAGCCCUAUCAGUGUGGUGAAUGUGGAAAAGAAUUUACAGGAUCUUGUAGCCUGCAGAUGCACAUGAGAAGUCAUGGUGGGUCAAAGCCCUAUCUGUGUGAUGUGUGUGGGGAAGAAUUUGCCAAGUCCAGUGACCUGCAGACUCACCUGAAGAGUCAUGGUGGAAUUAAGUCUUAUCAGUGUGUUGAAUGUGGGAAACAAUUUACACAGUCAUACAACCUGAGGAGACACAUGAGGAAUCACAGUAGAAUGAAGCCACAUAAGUGUGCUGAAUGUGGGAAAGGAUUUACAGCGUCCGGUAAUCUGGAGAGACACAUGAGGAUUCACAGUGGAAUCAAACCUUAUCAGUGUGUUGGAUGUGGGAAGAAAUUUACAGAUUCGGGUAGCCUGCAGACACACAUGAGGAUUCAUAGUGGUGUCAAGCCUUAUCAGUGUGUUGAAUGUAAGAAACGAUUUACCCAAUCAUACAGUUUGCAGUCACACAUGAGGUCUCACAGUGGAAUCAAACCAUAUCGGUGUGAUGAAUGUGGGAAAGAGUUUCCUGUUUCAAGUAGCCUGCAGAGACACAUGAGGAUUCAUAGUGGACUCAAGCCUUAUCAAUGUGGUGAAUGUGGGAAAACCUUUGCAGUAUCAGGUCAACUGCACACACACAUGAGGAUUCACACUGGUUUGAAACCUUUCCAGUGUGUUGAAUGUGGAAAAAAGUUUUCGAGAUCAGGCGUUCUGCAGAGGCACAUGCAGAUUCAUAGUGGAGUCAAGCCAUAUCAGUGUGAUAUAUGCGGGAAAGAAUUUACAGAGUCAAGUUCGAAGAAGAAUCACAUGAGAAUUCACAGUGGAAUCAAACCUUAUCAGUGUGUUGAAUGCGGGAAAAGCUUUACACACUCAUCUAACAUGCAUAAACACAGGAAGCUUCACAACAGAACCAAGCCUUCCCAGCCUUCACAACAAUUAAUGGAAGUACAACAGAAUCGGAAUCCUGAAACAUGUGGAGUCACGAACUGUGAGACAGAAUUGGAGGAAACACAUGAUCUCAGAAAACAUUCUGUUACUGACACGCUAGAAACAGGUGGUGUCAAGAAAUACAGUGGAAUCAAGCCCUAUCAGUGUGGUGAAUGUGGAAAAGAAUUUACAGGAUCUUGUAGCCUGCAGAUGCACAUGAGAAGUCAUGGUGAAUCAAAGCCCUAUCUGUGUGAUGUGUGUGAGAAAGAAUUUGCCAAGUCAAGUGACCUGCAGACUCACCUGAAGAGUCACGGUGGAAUUAAGUCUUAUCAGUGUGUUGAAUGUAGAAAACAAUUUACACAGUCAUACAACCUGCAGAGACACAUGAGAAACCACAGUGGAAUUAAGCCACAUAAGUGUGCUGAAUGUGGGAAAGGAUUUACAGAGUCCGGUAAUCUGGAGAGACACAUGAGGAUUCACAGUGGAAUCAAACCUUAUCAGUGUGUUGGAUGUGGAAAGAAAUUUGCCGAUUCGGGUAGCCUGCAAACACACAUGAGGAUUCAUAGUGGUGUCAAGCCUUAUCAGUGUGUUGAAUGUAAGAAACGAUUUACACACUCAUACAGUUUGCAGACUCACACGAGGUCUCACAGUGGAAUCAAACCAUAUCGGUGUGAUGAAUGUGGGAAAGAGUUUCCUGUGUCAGGUAGCCUGCAGAGACACAUGAGGAUUCACAGUGGACUCAAGCCAUAUCAAUGUGGUGAAUGUGGGAAAACCUUUGCAGUAUCAGGUCAACUGCAGACACACAUGAGGAUUCACACUGGUUUGAAACCUUACCAGUGUGUUGAAUGUGGAAAAAAGUUUCCAAGAUCAGGCGGUCUGCAGAGGCACAUGCGGACUCACAGUGGAAUCAAGCCGUAUCAGUGUGAUAUAUGCAGGAAAGAAUUUACAGAGUCAAGUUCAAAGAAGAAUCACAUGAGAAUUCACAGUGGAAUCAAACCUUAUCAGUGUGAUGAAUGUGGGAAAAGGUUUACACAAUCAUCUAACAUGCAGAAACACAGGAAGAUUCACAAUAGAAUCAAGCCUUCUCAGCCUUCACAACAAAGUUGAAUCAAUUGGUUUCAUUUUUUAAAUGAGAUUGAAUUUUGGCCCAUGUCAAGAUUGAUCAUCUCUUAUGAGAAUUGAGGAUAUUUUGAGCUGAACCCAGGUGAUUUUAGACCCAUUUGUAACCAUGGGUACGUGUUGAGAUCCUGUUUAUUAACUAGAGACUAACCAACAGCCAAAACAGUGCAAACAUCUGACAUCCUGUUGGAAGGCUGUCAUCAGAAGAGAAGGUUGCAAUGUGAUAUGAUUUGCAUCACAAUACAAUACUUUUAUUCAUAUACAGUAACAUACUCCCUUUCUGCAAGUGAAUAAUUUCUU